CCACACCCCAACACCAACGAACCACACGACACCACACCAUCAUGUCCGAGGUCCGCCAACGCCAGAAACCGGCCAAGGGCGGCAACAGCAGCAGCUCCAAGAGCACGGACAAGACCAACAAGAAGAAUGCCAGCGGCGGCGGCGGCGGCGUGCGCAUCAGCUUGCUCGACAUCAUCCGUGUGCUGGUCACACUGGUGAUCGCGUCCUGCGGACUAUCCUUCUACAUGACCUCAUCCGAGUCGAUUCUCUGGGGGUAUAGACCGUGGUUUACGCGGUGGCCUGUAUUGAUGCGCUACGUGCAAGGCCCCCUCCACCUGACCCCCGCCGAACUCUCGCUCUACAACGGCACUGACCCAUCCCUCCCCAUCUACCUCUCAGUGAACGGGCACAUCUUCGACGUGUCCAGCAACCCGCUCACCUACGGCCCCGGCGGGCACUACAACUUCUUCACGGGGCGGGACGCGACCCGGGCGUUCGUGACGGGCUGCUUCAAGGAGGAUCUGACCUCCGACAUGCGCGGCGUGGAGGAGAUGUUCAUCCCGAUUGACGAUCCCGAGGAGGAGAAGACGCUGAGCUCCGGGGAGCGGAAGACGAGACGCGAGCAGGAUAUCAGGCUCGCUCGGGGCAAGAUCCAGAAGAUGGUGGCGCAUUGGGAGAAUUUCUUCCGCAACUCGAAGAAGUAUUUCGAGGUGGGCGAGGUCGUGGGCUUGAAGGAGGCGGAGGAGAAGGAGGAGGUCAGGGAGCUUUGUUUGGCUGCGAGACAGCAGCGCACGAGGAGGGAUGGGACCGGGGGGAAGAAGGGGGGGAAGCCGGGGAUAUAA